AUGCAGAUGCUGCUAAUGCUACCCUCCCUCCGGCCCCCACCCGCCGCCGCCCAGCUCCUCGCCGCUGCGCCCGCCAGGAAGUCACUGCUCCUCGCGCGCAGGCCGGCCGGUCCUCCUGCAGCCUCCGCCUCGGCUGAGUUCCCAGGUUCCGUUCCAGACAGCGCUCAGAUGCCGCCCCGACAGCGGCGGCGCCGGAGCGUGGCCGGCAUCGACCAGGACGAGCUCCUCGAACCUGACGCCCUUGCCGACCCCGACAGCAGCUUCUACGAGAUCAACGGCGUGAGGCUGCACCACAAGGUUUGCAGCCAUGAGGAUGAGGAUGAGGACUCGUCCAGCGACCAAUCCUCGGGUAGUAUCACCACUGCCUCAGACGCUGUCCGGAAAAGCCAGAUUGGCCUGCCGAUACUGCUGCUGCACGGCUUCGGCGCGUCAGUCUUCUCCUGGAGCCGUGUGAUGCGGCCUCUCGCCCGCAUGGUCCGUGCCAAGGUUCUUGCGUUCGACCGGCCGGCGUUUGGGCUGACAUCCCGGGCCAGCUGGUCCGCUGAUGACGCCAAGCCUCUCAAUCCGUACUCCAUGGCGUUCUCGGUCAUGGCCACGUUGGCGUUCAUCGACUACCUUGGCGCUGAGAAGGCCAUACUUGUUGGGCACUCAGCUGGUUGCCUUGUAGCAGUGAAUGCAUACUUUGAGGCACCGGAACGGGUGGCUGCUCUUGUGCUAGUUGCACCGGCUAUAUUUGCACCCAGGAAGGUGGUGAAAGAGGACCAGUCAGGGGAUCAAGAAGCGCAGCAAACACAGAACGUUCCCAGUGAUGAAAAUUCGCCUCCAAAUUUGUUUGCUAGGAUUUGGGGAGGAUUUCUUCAGCUAUGGAAGCACAUUGCAGGGCUUGUUUUCAAGAUUGUUACAGCAAUACAAGGUGUGGUUCGGUCUUUCUGUAUUAAAGCUCUGGUUGCUUUUCUUCGGUCAUCAUUGGGUGCAGCACUGGUAAGAUGGGUGAUGGAUAAAUUUGGUGUAUUGGGUGUCCGGAAUGCAUGGUAUGACCCAAGCAAAGUAACUGAUCAUGUCAUACAAGGUUACACAAAGCCUCUAAAAUCCAAAGGCUGGGAGACAGCUCUUCUGGAGCACACCAUAUCCAUGAUCAUAGAUUCUGCGUCUGCAUCAAGAGUACCAGUUUCAAAGAGGCUUUCUGAGAUCUCAUGCCCAGUGCUAGUGGUGACAGGUGACACUGACCGCAUCGUUCCUGCUUGGAAUGCUGAGCGUGUAGCACGCGCUAUACCUGGAGCAACGUUUGAGGUGAUCAAGAGUUGCGGUCACUUGCCCCAGGAAGAAAGACCUGAGGAAUUCCUGUCUGUUGUUGAAAAUUUUCUACGGACAAUGUUUGCAAAUCCAAAUGAACAAGUAUUUCAAGCAGCUGUAUGA